AUAUUAUUCCCAACUAUGGAAACUCAAAAGGAAGAGGGUCAAGACCUUGACCGUCCUGAUAAGGAUAAUCCAUUCUCUGGGCAAAACCCUACAGAGGAAAAUAAAAGGGGUUUCCCGACUGCGCCUAAAACUGUUCGGAAUAAAUUUGCAAUGAGAAACGCACUUCGAAAUGCUACACAUACGCAAAACUCUAGAAACAGCGGGAAGGAUUCAGCAUCAGAUCCCAAACUUGAGAGAGAAAUUGAAUCUCUCCAGAAGCAGGCUAAAAGACGCGAGGCAGAAUUUUCUAAAAUAAAGGCUGUACUUGAGCAAAAACUAGAGCUGAAGGACCUCCAGCUGAUCGACCUAAAGGAGAACAUGGAAGGACAGAAGGAUAUGUACAACUCAAUGCUUAAAGCACUACAGAACAAAUCUGAGAACACUAGUUAUGAACAACAAUUGGAAUCUAUUAAGGAAAUGCAAAGGAAACAAGAUAGCGAAAUCAAUGAAAUCAGGCAGAAAUAUGAAAAGCAAAUCACCGAUCUGAAAGAACGUAUCAACAUGCAGGAAUUCAAUGAGAAAUCCCUUAAAGCACAACUCAAACAGGAGAAAGGUGAUUAUGAGCAGGAACUUCAGGAGAAAGAAAAGCAAAAAAUUACACUUGAAAAGGAGAGGAGUCUCGAAAAACUUCGUGACCAGAUUGAAAAUAUGGAGGAGAAACAUCUCAGAUUCGUCAAGGAUAUGGAAGGCAACACUAGCUGUGAUAUUGAGAAACUCACACAAGAUUAUGAAUCCAAGCUGAAUGAUAUCAAGUAUUUGAAGGACCAGGAGGUCCUCUCACUUAAAAAUCAAAUCAGAAAACUUGAAGAAGAGCUCUUGAUUUUAAGAGAACAGGAGCAAUCUUUCCAACUUAACCGUGACUCUGAAUUCGAAAAUGAAAACGUCAAGGUACUAGACAUCAGGCUCUCUGAAAUCAACGACAAAUUUGCAGAUGAUAUGCUCGCCAGCGAAAAGGAAAUCGCUCGCCUUAAGAGGGAAAAUGGUGAGAAAGAAACUAAAAUUGAAGCUCUUCAUCUUGCUAUUGAGAAGCUAAAAUCUCAGAUGGACACAAGACUUGAUGAGAAGGACCAGAAAUAUUCAAAGUUGAAAGACAAAUUUAAUGAUAAAUGCACAGAGCUUUUGAAAACGCAAAAGAAGAUCAAAGAUAACCUGAAUUUAAAGAAGAGAAUUUCUGAUUUAAAAAUGGUAAACAGCAAGCUAGAGAAAAUCAAGAGAGACCUCAAGGACUCCCUCAAAAUUAAGGAAAAUGAGCUUGAAACUGAGCGUGCCUUUAGACAGAAAGCUGUUUAUGAAGAAAGGCGUAAGAAUAAAACGAAAGGAGAGAAAAUGACUAAGAUGCGCAAAGAAAUGGAUCUUCAGAACAUUGAAAUAGAAAGUCUCAGGAGGGAAAAUAAUGAUACAAGUAUGAUGACUGAAUCUAGGUUCUUUUCUCCAAGACCUAUGAGACGGAAGCGAAGUGGUGAUAGCUCUUUCUUGAGUCCGGAGCCUGGAGCCACCUCUUAUUUAGCAAAUAAAAAUUUGGAUUCCAGCCAAUACAUUAAUGACAGCACUACAUAUUCUCGGAAUGCUAGAAGAUUGAAGAGCUCUUCUCCGAGUAGAACUCAGCUACUCGUCACCACUACUAAGAUGAAGAUUGGAGGACUAGGCAGAGGUGGCAACUCAAAGAGAAUGAUCCAAAUUUCUGAUGAGAAAUCCAAGCUAUAUGACGAUAGCCACAUUCAUUGUCAUGGUUCAGGAAGGCAUUGAGAAGCAUGUAACAAAAAGAAAUGGAGAAUCCAUCAACUUAAGUAUGAUCCUGACCUCCUCAUGAAGAACAGGGAUAUGAUCAAGGAUGUUAUUUGCCUUGGCUGCAACAAAACUUAUGAGAUGAAGCCAUUCUUGAAACAUUGCAGGGACUGUAGGCUCUCAAACCAAGUGGUCAAUAUCGACCCUUUUAAGUAUUGGCAAAGGGACGAACUGAAAAAUUCUUCGAGAGAGGAAUCUGAAAACUCGAAGCAAAGGCCAAGUAGUUAUAAAAUGAAACUCCAGCAAAGUUGCAGUAGUAAAAGAAUUAAAGGAAGAGUCAUUUCCUCGCCUGUCUGAGAAAGCAGGCUCGGAAGCAGCAGAAGCCAGUCAAAGCUCAAGAGCUUCAAUCCAGCUAAAGAUACUCCCAAGAUAGUUAUGUGUGACUUAGAUGAAGCAAGUGAAGAUAGCCGCCAUAUUAAUCGUAAGAAAAAUUCAGAUAAUGAAUUGGAAGUUAAUGAAGACGCUAAAGCGUCUGUAGAAAACUCUAGUGUAAUCAUCAAGGAUGACCCUUCUGAAGAGAAUAUAGAUGAUGAAAUGGAGGACAAGUCCUUCACUUCAAAAUUUUAUGGCCCGGUUUCCAAAGGCGUGACCCAAACUGAAGCACAGAAGUUGAGAGACGAAAUCACUAGCAUGCGCUCUGAGUAUGCACAAGUUCUCGAGCAAGUAAAUAACAUGAAAAAUAGAUAUGAUCAAGAAGCUGAUAGUAAAAGAGACAUAGAAGAAUCUCUUAAGAACGAGAUUAGAGCUUUAAGAUCAAAGAUAGACCCUGCCGAGUCUGUUGCUUUUGAACUAGAGUCAGAUAUUAGGUCCAACAUAGGACAUACUAACUUUGAUUACCCUAGCAGACUCAGUAACGAGAAGCCUCUUUCAGAAUACGCUGAAAGCACUGUCGAAGACUACACAAUAGAACGCAAACGUAACAGAAGAUAUAAAUAAAUGUUUGCUAUUAAAGGUUUGGAGUAUCAA